UUAUUUUCACUUGUAUGACGGACACAUUCGUACGGUACACGCGUCCACAGAUCCUCACAGCACUUUCCCGACAUUGCUCAAACUCACAUUUGGGUAGCGGUCCCGUUAUAAAACCCGGAGCCAGAGGGUCUCAUGUUAGUGGACUUUAAAGUUUAAAACUUUCUUGUGUUGACAGUAGAGUUUACUGCCGGCUCGUCGGUGAUUGUGUAACGGUGAUGCGCAAAAUCCACAAGACAAAGUUUGGCAACACAGACGAAGAGGAUUUGUGGGUGUUAAAAAAGGGAGAUUUUAUUUUAUUUUAUUUUUUUAUUAUUUAAAGAAAAGUAAAAGUUCGGUUGAAGUUUGAAGGACAUGGCCGAGGGAGAUUACUACACCAUGGGGAACCGACAGAGGUUUCCCAGGGACCUGUUUGGAGAGUCGCCCUUCAGGGAUCAGUCACCGUUCCGGGAUCAGCUGGCGACCCGGUUUAUUGACGAGGACUUCGGGAUGCCUUCGUUCCCCGAUGAGCUAGCAAUGGACUGGCCAGGUUGGGCUAGGUCGGGCCGGCUCAGCUCACACCUCGGUUCGUCGUCCUUCAGCGGUUCUUUACGUUCAGAUUUCCCCCAGCGCCAUUCCACCGGAGGCCCGGCUAUGUACAGCGGCAGGUACGGUGAGCUCAGCUCCAGGAGCUCCCCCACCACCAUCGCCACCACCACCAGCGAACCCUGGAAGGUUUGUGUCAACGUCCACAGCUUCAAACCAGAGGAGCUCCACGUGAAGACGAGGGAAGGCUUCGUGGAAGUGUCAGGGAAGCACGAGGAGAAGCAGGAAGAGGGAGGAAUAGUGUCAAAGAAUUUCACAAAAAAGAUACAGAUCCCCGUAGAUGUGGACCCUCUGUCAGUCUUUGCCUCCCUGUCCCCCGAGGGUGUCCUCAUCAUCGAAGCCCGACAGACUCCCCCAUAUCACCUCUUCAGUAAUGACGGCUCCCAGACUGGAGAAAUGCCGGAGGUGGAGGCCCCCAUACUCCAAGAAGCUCCCAUGGUCUAAUGUCCUCUAAGUUAUUGGCUUUUGUCUUCAUGUUCUUGAAACCUGGUCUUUACAUUGUGUAACAUAUUGUAUAAUAUGAGAUAUUCAAGGUCAAAUGAUCUUCUUGGCAUGACUUCUUUUUUCUUCUUUGCUCUUUUAACUGAUGAAAAUAUGACGUUUACACUUUUUUUUAACAAUAUCGGACUUUUAACAUUUUCCUUAAACUUUUCAGUUUUGGGGUCAGUUCGGAUGGUCAAAUGACAGAUAAUUUAUUUGAGAUUUCAUUUCUUAAUUCAUCAACAUACCAUUUCAUUUGCACUUUCAGAAAGUCUAAUUGAUCACGGACUCUUCUGAUUGGUUAUUUCAAACCUGAACACCUGCGAGUUAUUUUAGGCCACGCCUCAAAUACAUAGAAGAGAGUUUUUCAAACGUACUUGGAAAUAUUUAGACCAUGGGAACGUCCAGCCUCCAUAACACUCCUGGUAUGACAUGGGUUCCAGCCCUCAGAGAUGAGACAUGUUCUGGUGUGUAUUAACAUAAAUCAUAAGUGAAGAUACUGGCUUAAACUAGCAUGAUGGGGCUAAAGGAACACUCAACGAGGGAGAGGCCAUUAUAAAACAUUUACAGUUUCACCUACUAGAUUAGUAACACAAAUGUUUCAAUGAAUCCCUUUUGUUCUCAGAAAUAUCCCUAAACAAAUAUUCACAAAAAAGUAUCAGUAACUGAUGAGUUUUGAUUAAAACAAAAAAAAAAACUACAUUUUUAAAUUAGUGUUUGUGUGACCUGGAGCUACAGUGUAUAUCAUUAAGGACUGAUCUCAGACCAGCUGGUUUGGUAGACAUUUAACUUCCAUCACGUCAUGUUUCCAAGAUGCGGAAGAUCAUAAACUUUCACCUGAACAGAGAAUCUUAGCUAAAUAUUGUCAACGCAGUUAACUGCAAAAACCCAAAUUGGUGACAUCAGUGGAGUGAAUUGUGUCUAUUAAAGUCUGUCGUACAUACACUUAAAUUUAUUUUGAUUAUUAAACCAAAUCUCCAAACCUGACAAUA